UUGUUGUUAUUCUGGUGACGUAGAAGGGGUCGCGGUUUGGUGGCCGGUGAGAGUAAGGGAACUCGGUAUGAGUAUGAGUAAGAAAGUGCACGGAGGUUCUUUUAAGCGGGAGUAAGAGGAGAGCGUGUGGUUGUCCGUACGAUUAUUCUUUACUCUAUCAGACUCAAGAGUUAACUCGUACAGGACUCGGGAUUCUCUCGUCGACUCAAGUUGUUUAGUCGUAGGAGCUUUCUUACCAGUUGCUCGCACCUGUCCUCGUUUAGCCUGGGUCCGGACACGCCCACGACCAAUCGACGAGCGCCCUCAGGCGUGACGUCACCGGUCCUGGCGGGCCUGGUGGGGACCGACGGGGACCACUGAUGUCCUCGCUCCUGGUGGGAGAAAUCGCGUUAACUCUAGCCCGCAUCUAAGCCUAUGGUUUUCGUGUUGCUCCUCAAUGUCCAACGUGCAUCUCUGGCUCGCAAUCCGAACCCAUGUCAUUUCUCGGCAUCUGACCGUCAGGUAAACGUCACUUUUAAGUUCAACAAAGUUUACUUUAAAUCCGUUAUUCAAAACCCGAGGUUAAUUCACGGAUUAAAUCGCCCCGACACUCCUGCCAGUGAUUACACUCCAAGGGAUGUCUAUUUAUUUAAGUGACUUGUGCUGUUUCUAUUGAUUAUUUUGUGUGUGUUUUCUUGCUUUGUGUAUUGUUUAUUUAUUUAUUUAUUUAUUUAUUUAUAUAUAUAUUAAUAUAUAUGUAUAUUUAAAUGUUGGUUUCAAAAGUGAAUUGAUAGUGGUGUUAAGUAUUUGUUGGAGAUAUUUGAACCAAGGGGUGUGAUGCCCUGGUUAUCAUGGUUCGUCGUGAGUGAGGAAAGAGGUCAGAGGUGGUCGUUUCAUUCGACACCUUGGCUCAGUGUGUGUUGCAGUAAAUAUUUAAUAAACCACAUCAAACCCCAGUAUCAUCUUUGCUACAAUAACUUGAAUUCCCAUAACGGCUACUUGGAUAAUUGCAAUUGCAACUGCCCGAAAGUGGUGAGUCCAUCAGCCACGUGAUUAUGGUGCACCAAAGAGACACGGCGCGGCCGGUCUCGUACCUGCGUCAUCAUCACUAUCAUCACUAUCACCAUUGUCAUCACCACCACCAUCGUAACAAUAAUUACAAUAGUUAUAAUAGCAAUAAUAAUAACCAAAAUGUUAACAAAAAUCAUCACAAUGACAACCAGCACGGGCGUUGUCGCACAACAAAACGUACAAGACCGCCACCAAGGAUAUUAUUGGUGAUUCUGCUGAGUUUCUGGCUACCGGCACUAGACAGUCCCGGGGUCUUGGCCUGUGGUCCCGGACGGGGUGGCGGCCGACGACCCAUUUUACGUAAAUUAACCCCUUUAGUUUUCAAACAGCAUGUGCCGAAUGUAAGUGAAAACACUUUAACUGCGAGUGGACUCUCCGAGGGUCGCGUUUCCCGGCAUGACUCGAGGUUCCGUGAUCUAGUGCCUAAUUACAACGCGGACAUUAUUUUCAAGGAUGAGGAAGGCACCGGAGCCGAUCGACUCAUGACACAGAGAUGUAAAGAGAGACUGAAUACAUUAGCGAUAUCUGUAAUGAAUCAAUGGCCAGGAGUUAAAUUACGUGUUACCGAAGGCUGGGAUGAAGACGGAAAACACGCGACUGAUUCACUUCAUUACGAAGGACGCGCCGUCGAUGUAACGACAAGUGAUCGAGAUCGAUCUAAAUAUGGAAUGCUCGCAAGACUCGCGAUUGAAGCUGGCUUCGACUGGGUCUACUACGAAUCGCGAUCUCACAUUCACUGUUCCGUUAAAUCAGAAUCGUCAUCAGUUGGAAAAUCUGGAGGUUGUUUCCCAGGAAAAAGUCAAAUCCGUACUUCCGACGGUAUCCAAAAAUCAUUGUCGGAUCUCCAAGUCGGUGAGAAAAUAGCAGCGUUGGAUUCAAGAGGGAACGUUAUCUACAGCGAGGUCUUGGCGUUUAUGGACCGUCAGCCAACGGAAAAACGACAGUUUAUAAAACUGACAACAUCAUCAGGAAAACAUUUGACCCUAACACCCGCACAUUUGGUACCCGUUAAGCAAAACGACGUAGAAACAGUUACUUUCUCUGCUCGUGUUAAAAUCGGGGACCGUAUCUUGGUCCAGGAUAACGUUCCGUCAGCGUCAUCGUCUCUGCCCGAGUCUAGAUUACGCUGGGACACCGUAAUCGAGGCGAAAUUAGUUCUCGAUAGUGGGGUCUAUGCUCCACUUACUUCCGAGGGUACUGUUUUAAUUGACGACGUCAUCGCAUCGUGUUACGCAAUCGUCGACAGUCAAACGAUCGCGCACUACGCAUUUAUGCCAUAUAGAUUUAUUCAUUCGAUCCAAUCGUACUUUGAAAGCAUCUAUACAUUUAUCCUCCCCCACUCGCAAAAAUAUACGCAUAGAAAUAGUAACAAUAUUAAUGAUAAUAAUUAUAAUAUUAAUAAUAAUGACAUUAAUGUUGAGGUUGAGGCGGAAGAUUUAGAGCUGAGCAACGAAAUCGAGCAGACCCGCGAGGACUCACAGCCUCAAGGUGUUCAUUGGUACGCGUCAUUCCUCUACACAAUAUCAUCAUAUAUAUUACCGUCCUCAAUGAUCUAUUAAUUAAGUAAAUUAUGAAAUUUGAUACCGGUGUGAGUGUUCACUUAAAAAAUUUAACACUAGGGAUUUAUAAAUUUAUUUAAAUUUAAAACUCGAUUACGUCCAAGACGUAAUGAGUAUAAAUUCACAGUGAAUUUUAUAAAUAUUUAUAUAUAUAUACAAGUAUACAUAAGUAUAUAUAUGCAUAUAAAAAUAUUAAUAUUAAUUAUUUAUAAAAAAAAAAAUAUAAAAAUGCAUUCAAAAAUAAUAAAGUCGUAGAUUUUAAGUCGUAGACAAAAUGUUGGCCAGUCUUAAUUUUUUUUUCAGUUAAUUAAUAAAUUAAUUAAUUGAUUUAUAUACGUGCGUAUUUAUGUAAAUAAUUUAAUU